AUGGAGAGACAUCCUCAAGUGCUUCUGUUAUGUGCAUUGAUCUUCAUCACUUUUUUUGCCCUUUUACAUCUCGUUGAAGCUCAAGACCAAAAAGGAUUCAUCAGUUUGGAUUGCGGGUUAUCGCCUACCGAGCCUCCUUACAACGAUCCUUCAACCGGAUUAACAUACUCAACAGACGAUGGUUUCGUGCAAACUGGCAAAACCGGGAAAAUCCAAAAGGAGUUUGAGCCAAUCUUCAGUAAACCGUCAUUAAAGCUUAGGUACUUCCCGGAUGGAAUCCGAAACUGCUAUACCGUGAAUGUCACGGAAGGUACAAGCUAUCUUAUCAAAGCCGUAUUCGUGUACGGUAACUAUGAUGAUCUUAACAAUUACCCGAGUUUCGACCUUUACCUUGGUCCGAAUCUAUGGGCAACGGUUGAUAUGAAUGGACGGGUCAAUGGUACUAUCCAGGAGAUCAUUCAUAAGACAAUAUCUAAGUCUCUUCAGGUCUGUCUCGUUAAGACAGGAACAAGUAAUCCUAUGAUUAAUACCUUAGAGCUACGACCACUUAAGAACACUACUUACAAUACUCAGAGCGGCUCGCUGAAGUUUUUCUUCCGAUAUUAUUUCAGCACUUCAGGCUUCACUAUACGGUAUCCCAAUGACGUUAAUGAUCGAAAAUGGUAUCCAUUUUUUGAUUCGAAAGAGUGGACAGAAGUAACUACCAAUCUCAAUAUAAACGCUUCAAUUGGUUAUGAACCACCACAACUUGUAAUGGCGUCGGCCUCAACACCUAUAAGUACUUUUGCGCCAUGGAGCUUCAGCUGGUCCUUACCAUCUUCCACUUCCCAAUUCUAUAUUUACAUGCAUUUUGCCGAGAUUCAAACUUUACGGUCAUUCGAUACUCGAGAAUUCAAAGUGACAUUGAAUGGGAAACUUGCCUAUGAACGUUAUAGUCCUAGACCGUUAGCCAUGGAAACUAUAUUCUACUCGACACCACAACAAUGUGAAGGAGGGAAAUGCAUCUUGGAGUUAACGAAAACAACUAAGUCUACUUUGCCUCCUCUCAUUAAUGCUCUUGAGGUUUUCACCGUGAUUGAUUUUCCGCAGUUGGAAACAAACCAAGAUGAUGUUGUUGCUAUCAAGGAUAUCCAAAAUACUUAUGGAUUGAGUAGAAAUAGUUGGCAAGGAGAUCCAUGUGUCCCUAAACAGUUUUUGUGGGAUGGAUUAAACUGCAACAACUUAGAUAUUUCUACACCGCCUAUAAUCACUUCUUUAAAUCUAUCAUCAAGUCAUUUAACGGGGGUCAUCGCCCCUAGCAUUCAGAAUCUACUCAACCUACAAGAAUUAGACUUGUCAAAUAACAAUUUGACGGGCGGAGUACCUGAGUUUCUUGCCGGCAUGAAAUCGCUUUUGGUCAUAAAUUUAAGUGGGAAUAAUCUAAAUGGCUCUGUUCCUCAAACCCUUAUAGAGAAGAAAGGACUAAAGUUAAAUCUUGAAGGAAACUCAAAUCUUAUUUGUCCGGAUGGGUUAUGUGUAAAGAAUUCUGAAAAUGGCGGUUCCAAGAAAACGAAUGUUGUUGUACCGGUUGUUGCAUCAGUUGCGUUCGUUGUUGUUCUUGGAUCUGCAUUGACUUUCUUUUUUGUGUUCAAAAAGAAAAAACCGUCAAACAGAGAAGGUUUAUCACCAUAUACGCAAGCAUCAGAUGCUGGAAGAACGAGAUCUUUAGAACCAUCAAUAAUGACAAUAAACAAAAGAUUUACUUAUUCAGAAGUUGUAACAAUGACAAAUAACUUUACAAGAGUCCUUGGUAAAGGAGGAUUUGGAAUGGUUUAUCAUGGAACUGUAAAUAAUACCGAACAAGUAGCCGUUAAAAUGUUAUCACACUCAUCUUCCCAAGGGUACAAAGAAUUCAAAGCAGAGGUGGAACUUCUUCUUAGAGUUCACCAUAAAAAUUUGGUUAGUCUUGUCGGAUAUUGUGAUGAAGGAGAAAAUCUAGCUCUCAUAUACGAGUACAUGGCUAAUGGAGACCUGAGAGAACAUAUGUCGGGGAAACGAGGUGGAUCUAUUAUAAAUUGGGAAACUAGACUAAAGAUAGUUGUGGAAUCUGCGCAAGGACUGGAGUAUUUGCAUAAUGGAUGCAAGCCACCAAUGGUUCAUAGGGAUGUCAAAACUACAAAUAUAUUGUUGAAUGAACAUUUUCAGGCGAAGUUAGCUGAUUUUGGGCUUUCAAGAUCUUUUCCGAUUGAAGGAGAAACUCAUGUGUCAACAGUUGUUGCCGGAACUCCUGGAUAUCUUGAUCCAGAGUAUUAUCGUACAAAUUGGUUAAACGAAAAAAGUGAUGUUUACAGCUUCGGUAUUGUACUAUUAGAGAUCAUCACAAACCAGCCUGUAAUCAACCAAAAUCGUGAAAAACCGCAUAUAGCAGAAUGGGUGGGGGUAAUGCUUACAAAAGGAGACAUCACAAAUAUUAUGGAUCCAAAACUUUAUGGAGAUUAUGAUUCUGGAUCUGUUUGGAGAGCAGUUGAACUAGCAAUGUCAUGUCUAAAUCCUUCUUCAGCUAGAAGACCAACCAUGUCUCAAGUUAUUAUUGAGUUAAACGAGUGUUUGACAUAUGAAAACUCAAGAGGAGGAACGAGCCAAAAUAUGAACUCACAAAGUUCUAUAGAAAUGAGCAUGAACUUUGAUAUUGAAACUAUCCCUAUCGCUCGCUAG